AUGACUCAGGCUCAUGGCACCACUCUGCCCAAGAGCCUCAAAGGAAAAAGCGAAAGCAUGGUGGCCAGUGUCCCCAGGGGAGAGGAUUUCUGGUUGCAAGUGGAAAAAUGGUUUGAUGCACACAGAAAGCAAUGGGGCAAUUCAUGGACCACACCCAACUGGAACAGCUACAUCUCAGAAACAAUUGCCAAGGACAAAGAUCGAUACAAGGUCCAUGUCAUUCACAACCCAUUCAUGGAAGAUGUGCACACAGAUGACAGGUUUUUCACUGGGCCCAUCACUUCAGCUGGUCUUGGGGCUGCUGAGGAUCUCCUUCAAGAAAUGCACAACACUCCAUACAUUUUAGUACCAUAUGAUUAA